AUGCAGCCGUGCACCGUCAGCUACAGGAUCACCGUCGUCUUUUACAACAGCUUCACUCGGCCCGAGAGUUUGCAACCGUAUGGCUGGGCGAUCCGCAGUGUGGGAGGGAGAUUGAGCAGUGCCAAGUGCGGAUCAACCAUCUUUUCAGCAGAUGGAUGGCACGCACCCACCAUCUCCAAGGCAAUCUGGCUGUGCGCAUGGGACGCAACAGGAUACCUGAAGACCGACAUUACCAAUUCCUCCUGCGCGAGGCGACGCGGAGGCUCUUGGAGAAAUCCAAUCACGAUUGUGUUGAGCAAGUGGACUACAUCCUACAAUUGA